UUUGAAUGUUUAUAGAUGUUCAGUGGAAUUCAGAAAUCUGCAAUGGGCCUGUGCAUAACAUUUGCGAAGCGUUUUUAACUUCUUGAUCCCUUCCGGUGUGAAAUUGGAGGCUGGAGCUAAGUUCGGUCUGCUAAUGAUAAUGGCGCUAUCAUCUCCUCUUCCCCCGUUUCUCUCUCCUUUCCUUAACGGCGACAAUUGUUCUACUUCUCUUGUUCCACUCAUCAAAGUCGCUUCUCCCAAGCCCAUUUACCGACGACCGUCCACCAUCGUGUCCUCUUACAAUGCGAGGAAUGGAUUGGUGAGCGACGAGAAGAAAGAGCUACUGGAAAGAUACGGUCUCGACCCCGACGAGUACCUACACAAAGAAUCUCCAAAGUCUUGGAGAAGAAGGGGAGCUGAGAGGACAGGGAAAGGAAAGCGAGUCCCACCCGAGGAAUCUAAGCAACCUAGGACUACACAUAAGUUGCUUCAGGUUCUAGGAGGUAAGGCUCGAAGGAAGAAGUUGCUUUCACCUAAGGGUAUGGAUGUACGCCCAAUGAUGGAAGUUGUAAAAGGUGCAGCCUUUGAUAUUUUGCAGGUAGCUGGUGGUUGUCCCGCUUCUUUAAGGCCAGGUCGUUGGUUAGACUUGUAUAGUGGUACUGGAUCUGUUGGGAUUGAAGCUAUAAGCCGGGGAUGUUCUGAGGUGCACUUUGUUGAGAUGGACCCUUGGGUUGUCUCCGAAGUCCUGAGACCAAAUUUGGAAUGGACUGGCUUCCUUGAUGUUUCAGUUAUACAUGCAGUUCGUGUUGAAGAUUUCUUGGAACGAGCUGAACAAUUUGUAGGUAAAGAUGGAUCGUUUGAUUAUAUUAGUGUUACACCUCCAUAUACUGCAGUAGAUUACAGUAUAUUGAUGGGUCAACUGUCAAGUUCAGUUUUAGUUGGGGAAGAUUCCUUUGUAGUAGUGGAGUAUCCCCUAAGAACUGUCAUGCUGGAUUCUUGUGGAUGUCUCGUCAAGAUAGCUGAUCGACGGUUUGGCCGGACACACUUGGCAAUAUAUGGACCCAGGUGGGCACAAAAGAAGAGGAGAUCAGAAAAGUCGGUGGGGAGUAUAGCAGAAGGGUAUUCACUGCAUAAGGAAAGCAUAAUCUGACAGGGAAUUAGUUUUCACAAUGAAUUGAACUCUCCAAAUAUACAGUUCAAUUGUGACAUCUACAACCUUGGGUUAAGUUGCAGCACAUCAACCUAAUCGUCUUGAUCUCUCUGUUGGCACCUUAACAUGGGUGGUUGGUAACUUGGUUUGCAAAUAUGAAGCUUGGAGUCUUGGGCUGCCACGGAAGUGGAUUAUGUGGACUGUGGAAGAAAAAAGAUCUCAAAACCAGAGUUUAACUGUAAAUCUUUCUUAAAACAUAGCUUUCCUGUAUGUUCUAUAUUUGGAUACGCAUUAUUUGAUGCCUAUCAGACAACUUGGAUACAUACAGCCACAUCUAUCAGCAAAGAUCCAUAUUAAUGCAAAUAUAAGAAACCGGAAAUCCAUAUUUA